AUGUCAUCAGACGAAAUACAACCAGUCAGCGAAGGGCCAGCUCCUGCUGAAGCGCAAGCACAAGCAAAAGCACAAGCACAGGCUCCGACUGCGGAACCAACUCCAGCCGAAGCUCCAGCUCCAGCUUCGAAAGCGCGACAACCCCCGAUCGCCGGCUAUCGAAACCCAAUCCACAAUCCAUUCCCAGCCUCUCUUGCCAGCGAAUGUAGAAAAGCAGGCCAAAUUAUCGAUUCGUUUGUGAAUCCCAAAUACGCUGGGCUAGAAGGCGCAAUUCCCCAGCGCAUCCUCGCCCCAGCCAAAGGACUAGUAAUCUGCAGCGUCUUCAAAGCCGGUUUCCUCGGCUCCGUCCGCUUUGGCUCUGGCUUGAUCGUAUGUCGCCUCCCUGAUGGCACAUGGUCCGCCCCCUCAGCCAUCUCGCUCGGCGGACUAGGCGCGGGGGGCCAAUUCGGCAUGGAAUUCACGAAUUUCGUCUUCGUCCUCAACACCGAUGCCGCAGUCACGACAUUCAUUAACUCCGGCACUCUUACGUUGGGCGGUAACAUCUCCAUUGCCUUUGGAACGGGCCGAAGCGCCGAGACCGCCGCUAUGAUUGGCACUAAAGGUGUUGCGGGUAUCUUUGCCUAUUCCAAGACCCGUGGUGUGUAUGGUGGGUUGACGCUCGAGGGGGGCAUGAUUGUGGAGAGGUCUUCUGCGAAUAAGAAGUUGUAUGAUCGUAAGUUGAAGGCGAAAGAGCUGCUUACGGGUGAAGUUCCGCCGCCGCCGCAGGCUGAACCGCUUAUGCGUAUUCUUAAUUCGGAGGCUUUCCGGGUUCCAUCUGGGGGUGAGCAGUCUUCGGAUGGAGAUGCGCCUGCGCCAGCGGCAGACGCUCAAACUGCAGAGACACAAGCAGCAGUCGCUCCAGCUACAGAAGCCCCUGUGGCAGAUCCCGAAACUGCAAGUGCUCCCGUUGCAGAAGCCCAGGCUGCAAAAGAGGCUCCAGUUACAGGAGUCCCUUCUCAGAAACCCGUUGAACCUGCUGCCAGCGGUGUCGUAUCUGAGCCGGAGCAACAAGCACCUAAAGCACCAAAUACCGAGACUGAUGCCCCAAAUGCAUCCGAGGAAGCCCGGGAACAACCUACAGAGCCUUCUGUUGCUCCCGAGAAUGAUGUGCAACAUAAAGCCGAGGAUAGUUCUCUCAAAGAUACUCAGGGUGCACCAAUUGAUAUCCCAGAAACGACCAAAGAGGCUUAUCCAACUACUGCAGAUGAGACGCAGCCUCCACCUCAGCCUCAUGCCGAGCCCGAAGAGUCGCCUGUGGUUAUCUCUGGUGAUACUCCCAAAGAGGCGAAAUCUUGA